AUGGCGUUUCAAGACUUCGAUCUCAUCACCGAGAAAAGAAAAAAUGACAGGAAACAGAAGCUCAAGCGCAGAAUCGCCAUAGGCGCAGUUUGCACCAUCGUCGUCAUUGGUCUUAUAGGAGCAGCCGCUUUCGUAAUCGUCAGCAAUAACACUGAAGAAGAGAGCGAAGUCAAUGACCAUAACAAGAAAUCCCCAUCAUCUUCUUCCCCAACGAGUUCACACAGUAGCUCCGGCGAGAUUUCUGUGGCAGAGAAACUCGUGAAGGCCAUUUGCAGUUCCACCGACUAUCAGGACAAAUGUGAGACAAGUCUCACCAAGGAAGUUAAAAAGGAUCCGAAACUAGCACAACCAAAAGACGUCCUUAAGCUUGCCAUUAGUGUCGCUCAGGACGAGGUCAAUAAGGCCAUAAAUAAAACCAAAGACCUCAACUUUCAAACCGACAAAGAGAAAGGGGCUUACGAGGAUUGCAAGAAACUUUUGGAUCGCGCGAAAGACGAUCUAGCGAAUUCAUCUUCACAUGUUGGAUCAGUUGACGUGAACAAGCUGACGUCCUCCUCUUCGGAUUUGAACAGUUGGCUAAGUGCGGUUAUCUCGUUCCAGGGAGCCUGCCUCGAUGGGUUUUUUGAAGGGAAACUGAAGACAGAAAUGCAGAGUGCAUUUCAGGAUUCAACGGAGUAUGUUAGCAAUACUCUUGCCAUUCUAUCGCAGUUAGGCUCCGUGGUUUCUUCGGCACUAAAGGAAGGUGCUAGCCGUCACUUGUUGUCGUCCGAUGAUCAUAAAGGUCUUCCAGAGUGGAUGAACGAUGAAGAUCGAAGGAUGUUGAAGGCAGCAGAUGAUAAACCUACACCUAACGUCACCGUGGCCAGCGAUGGCAGUGGAGACUUCAAAACCAUCUCUGAAGCUCUAAAAGCUAUACCACAAAAAUACGAUGGACGGUAUGUGGUUUAUGUUAAAGCAGGAACAUAUGAUGAGACUGUACUGAUAGAAGGGCGAAUGGUAAACCUAACCCUUUACGGUGAUGGAUCGCAAAAAAGCAUUAUCACCGGCAACAAGAACUUCGUAGAUGGAGUAAGGACCUUCCAAACUGCAUCAUUUGCGGUAGAAGCAGAUGGAUUUUUAGGAAAAGCAAUGGGAUUCAGAAAUACAGCAGGUCCAGAGAAGCACCAGGCCGUAGCAGCAAGAGUGCAAGGAGAUCGUGCGGUAUUUGUGAACUGUCGUUUCGAAGGGUACCAAGACACCCUCUACGCCCUAGCCCACAGGCAAUUCUACCGGAGCUGUGUGAUCUCCGGCACCGUGGACUUCAUCUUCGGCGAUGCAGCCGCCAUCUUCCAAAACUGCAUAAUGAACAUAAGGAAACCCUUAGACAACCAGCAAAACAUAGUGACAGCUCAAGGCAGAAUGGACCCACGAGAAACCACUGCCAUUGUUUUGCAAAGCUGCCAGAUCAAGGCCGACGAUUCACUUGCCUCCGUGAAAGACAAGUUCAAGAGCUACCUUGGCCGGCCAUGGAAGGAGUACUCGAGAACCAUUGUCAUGGAAUCUGAGAUCGACGACGUCAUCGCCCCUGAAGGGUGGAUGGAAUGGGAAGGAGAUUUUGCACUCAAAACUUUGUUCUAUGCUGAGUACAACAAUACUGGAGCAGGUUCGAAUACUGAUAAUAGAGUGAAGUGGCCCGGCUACAAGAAGAUCACAAGGGAAGAGGCUAGCAACUUCACCGUGGACUCUUUCUUGGCUGGUAAUUGGAUCUCUGCUAUCAACGUACCAGUUCAACGAGGUUUGUAUAACUGA